UCCGCCCGCGCCCCCUCCCCUCGUCGCGCCGUCGCGUCCUCGUCGGCCGUGGCCAGCCCUGCGCGUGCCCUCGCGCUCUCUCGCUCGGCCUCGGGCUGCAGCGGCGCGGCGGCGGCGUCCGGCUCCCGCGGGGCGCGCUCCUCCCCCGCGGCCGCGUCUCCUGCCCCUGCUCCUCCUCCUCCUCCUCGUCGUCGGCCGCUCGGCCCGAGCUGCGCGCGGCAAGAUGGCGGCGCCCAGGCCGCCGCCCGCCAGGCUGUCCGGCGUCAUGGUGCCCGCGCCCAUCCAGGACCUGGAGGCUCUCCGCGCGCUGACGGCGCUCUUCAAAGAGCAGCGGAAUCGAGAAACGGCACCCAGGACUAUCUUCCAGAGAGUGCUGGACAUCCUGAAGAAGGCUUCCCGCGCCGUCGAGCUGGCCUGCAGGGAGCCAGCGCAGGUGGACCACCUGGCCGCCAGCCUGCAGCUGAUCACGGAGUGCUUCCGGUGCCUCCGCAACGCCUGCAUAGAGUGCUCCGUGAACCAGAACUCCAUCAGGAACUUGGAUACAAUCGGUGUUGCUGUCGAUCUGAUUCUUCUUUUUCGAGAGCUGCGAGUGGAGCAGGAAUCCCUGCUGACAGCUUUCCGCUGCGGCCUGCAGUUCUUGGGCAACAUCGCCUCGCGGAACGAAGCCUCUCAGCGCGUGGUGUGGAUGCACGCCUUCCCCGAGCUCUUUCUGUCUUGCUUGAAUCAUCCAGACAAAAAAAUCGUUGCCUACUCGUCCAUGAUUUUGUUCACAUCCCUCAGUUCUGAGAGGAUGAAGGAACUGGAGGAAAACCUCAACAUUGCCAUCGACGUGGUGGAAGCUCACCGGAAGCAGCCGGAGUCAGAGUGGCCGUUCUUGAUUAUUACAGACCACUUUCUGAAAAGCCCGGAAUUGGUUAAAGCCAUGUAUGCCAAAAUGAGCAAUCAAGAAAGGGUUGCCCUCUUGGACCUCACGAUAGCCAAGAUAGCGGGAGAGGAGCCCCUGACCAAGGACGACGUCCCUGUGUUCCUGAGCCAUGCCGAGUUGGUGGCAGGCGCUUUUGUGGAUCAGUGCAGGGCUGUGCUAAACCUGACGGCCGAGCAGCCUACCGACGACGAGGAGGCACUGGCUACAAUUAGGCUUCUUGAUGUCCUCUGUGAAAUGACUGCUAAUACCGACCUGCUCGGCUAUCUACAGGUUUUUCCUGGCUUGCUGGAAAGAGUGAUUGAUCUUUUGCGACUGAUUCACGCAGCUGGCAGUGAUAGCACGAGCAUCUUCAGCCCCUGUGCUUCCGUAAAAGCAGAGGGCGACAUCACUAACGUGGCUGAAGGCUUUAAGUCUCAUCUCAUUCGUCUGAUCGGAAACCUGUGUUACAAGAAUAAAGAGAACCAAGACAAGGUCAACGAGCUGGACGGCAUCCCCCUGAUCCUGGACAGCUGCGGCAUCGACGACAGUAACCCCUUUCUAACCCAGUGGGUGGUGUACGCCAUCCGAAACCUCACCGAGGACAACAGCCGGAACCAGGAUUUGAUCGCGAAGAUGGAGGAGCAGGGCCUGGCGGACCCGUCCCUCCUUAAAAAAAUGGGGUUUGAAGUUGAGAAGAGGGGGGACAAGCUGAUCCUGAAGUCUGCUAGUGACACACCUCAGCUGUGAGUGAACUCUCAUCCCCGAGUCUGAACUUCUGGCAUCUGUCUCAUGGAUUUUCCCAUCACCUGCCGUAUGUGGAGUUGCAAGUGUUUGAAGAUUUCUCCAGUACCAGUUCAAGAAUCUGUGAAUCUUUUAGAUAUUAGAGUUCAGUGUGGAUAAGCUUAAAAGCGACAUGAGCAUUCUGUUGUUUCUUUGCUUUAAAAUCCCUUCCGUUCUGCCUUUGCCCUGUAGACACCCUGUGCAUUUAAGUGAAAAAUUGUACCUACUGUGGCUGCAGAUAAUAAAUUCCUCUUGUUGA